AUGCCGUUAAUGGGUUCUGGUUUGCUUGGUCUGAGAAUCGGAACACUGUCUUCCGGUGUUUUGGCUAUGAAUGGCGGUCUAAUCUCACUCUAUUACGAGAGUGAAAUCAUACAUCGUUUGUGCACGCUCGAGUUGAGCGAGAAAGUACUAAGCAAACAGUUCAAACAACUGACCGAACACGUACAAAUGGAAAUCGAUUGA